AUGAAUCCGAAAAAUCUGAAGAAUCCGAAGAGUUCGAAGAGUCCGAGGAAUCCGAUGAAACCGAAGAAUCAGAAGAAUCCAAAAAUACGAAGAGAGCCUGAGGAGUCUGAGGGGUCUAAGCAGUCUAAGCAGUCUGAGGAGUUUGCGGAGACUAAGGAAUCUAACGAGUUUGAAGAGUCUGAGGAGUUUGAGGAGUCUGAGGAGUCUGAGGAGUCUGAAGCGUCUGAAAAGACUGAAGAGUCUGAAGAGUCUGAAGAGUAUGAAGAGUCUGACGAAUCUGAGGAGUCUGAGGAGUCGGAGGAGUCGGGGCAGUCUGAGGAGUUUGAGAAAUCCGAGGAGUCUGAGGGUUCUGAAGAGUCUGAGCAUUCUUUAAGAUUGUGCGCGGGCUGCUCAAAAAAGUAG